AUGUUGGUCUCCUUGACCGUGGGUAAGGUCGACGCGGGUGUUGCAGUUCUCCUUACCGAAGAUAAAAGAUUGAUCGAGUUUCCCUCCAUUUUAUUGCCAUCGUCCAUCACUUCUGGCUCAAUUGUCGACAUCACCGUCUCUCAAAAUCACACGGCGGAGCAAAAAGCACAGGCGUCUUUCAUCUCGCUCCAAAAACAGAUCCUGAACACCUAUGGCAUCAACACUCCCACUACACCUGUUCUCCGCCUUCGAAAUGCUACCCAGACCUCACUGGUUCUCGAAUGGGAGCCCAUCCAGCUCGCCACUACGACACUACGCUCACUGGCGCUGUACCGCAAUGGAAGCAAAGCAGGCAAUAUUCCACGUCCAUUGGACAUGACAAGCACCAAGAUCAGCGGCCUGGCUGUUGACACUGAAUAUUCCUUCUACAUGGUACUAAGGACGAGCGGUGGCACGUACACAAGCAACACGUUGAAUGUCAGGACGCACGACAUGAAUAACCUUACUGGAAUUACAGUCACCGCCGGAGUUCUGCCGCCUCAAUUGAUGGACAGCCUCGAGACCGCAGUUGAGCGCAUUGGUGCCAAACUGGUUGACACCGUCAGAAUCGAUACCACGCAUUUCAUCUGCACUGAAGGCCGGGGCCGGGACUGGGAGAAGGCCAACGAGAUGAAUAUCCCCGUUGUGCGACCAGAAUGGAUAGAAGGUUGUGAACGGGAAGGCAAGAUUAUUGGAGUACGUGGUUAUUAUCUCGACGCCGACCCGAGACAAAGACAAAUUGGGUCCAAUCCAUCCUUGCCCAACACUCGACCUUCCGGAGCCGCGUCCGCGGCCCCGACACCUCAACAGGCCAGUAUCCCCUCGAGACCUAAGGAUCCGUCGCCGCGAAGUCCUGGCCAGGAAAGUACUGUCAGCGGAGAACCAGGUCCCGAGGUACCGCCUACACCACCAGCUAAGGAUCCAAAAGAUCUUCCCUCCGCUCCCACCGCCGAGGAAGAGGAGGAAGACGAAACCGAAGAGGUUCCGACAAGUCCGACUGCGGAAGCAAAGGAGAAGCAGAGGGCCGAAUCAUCAGAUGAGGAGUCAUCUUCGUCACCACCGACACAACCGACAAGCAAUCAUCAAGCACCCAAAGUUGAGGAUGGUAAGGAAGGCGCGGAAAUGGAAGAUGUUGCGCUCUAA